GGUUUGGUAGACGGCAGGCAUACAGAUUACAGACCCACGAAGCAGAUUCUCUGCACUUUUGCACCCCCCACCAACGCCACCUUCCUCCGCCGCCGUCACCACCGGCGACCACCCCUCCGACCAAUCCAAACAUUCUCCGCGAAGAGCCUUAGCAAACUAUAAUGGCGAUCUUCUGCCAAUCUCCCUUCAAACCCAUCACCGCACUCUCCCUCCCCAAACCCCACCAACCCCACAAAACCCAACCUUGCCUAGUCAAAUGCUCCAAGACCCACCUCGUCUCCACCGAGCCCGAGCCCGUCUUCACCUCCGUCCGCUCCUUCGCCCCAGCCACCGUAGCCAACCUCGGCCCCGGCUUCGACUUCCUCGGCUGCGCCGUCGAUGGCCUUGGCGACCAUGUCUCCGCCCGCGUCGACCCCAGCGUCCACCCGGGCGAGGUCUCCAUCUCCGAGAUCUCCGGCGACAACGCCAAGAAGCUCAGCAAGAACCCCCUCUGGAACUGCGCCGGGAUCGCCGCCAUCGAGGUCAUGCGGCGGCUCGGUGUCCGCUCCGUCGGCCUGUCGCUGACCCUCGAGAAGGGCCUGCCUUUGGGGAGCGGGCUCGGGUCCAGCGCCGCGAGCGCUGCCGCGGCCGCCGUCGCCGUCAACGAGAUCUUUGGCGCAAGGUUGAGCACGGAGGAGUUGGUGCUCGCCGGGCUGAAAUCGGAGGAGAAGGUCUCCGGGUACCACGCCGACAACGUGGGGCCGGCGAUCAUGGGCGGGUUCGUGCUUAUCAGGAGCUACGAGCCCUUGGAAUUGCUCUCGCUGAAGUUCCCAGCCGAAAAGGAGCUCUUUUUCGUGCUGGCUAGCCCAGAUUUCGAAGCUCCAACGAAGAAGAUGAGGGCGGCGCUCCCGGCGGAAAUCGGGAUGCCACACCACGUGUGGAACAGCAGCCAGGCGGGGGCGCUGGUUGCGGCGGUGCUGCAGGGGGACGUGGAGGGGCUCGGAAGGGCGUUGUCGUCGGAUAAGAUUGUGGAGCCAAGGAGGGCACCGCUGAUCCCGGGGAUGGAGGCGGUGAAGAGGGCGGCCAUCGAGGCCGGGGCGUUUGGGUGCACGAUCAGCGGGGCGGGGCCAACUGCGGUGGCAGUCACGGACGAUGAGGCGAGGGGGCGGGCCAUCGGGGAGCGGAUGGUGGGGGCCUUCAUGGUGGAAGGGAAGCUGAGGGCGGAGGCUGUGGUGAGGAGGCUGGACAGGGUUGGUGCUAGGCUUGUCAGCAGCAUUCCCCGAUGAUAGCUCUUUCCCCUUUCUGAUUGUUGCAUCUUUGGGCUUGUGACGUUGGUGCUCUACUGAUUUGGGUUCAUGUGGGAUUGUGAGUAGAAAAUUUUGGUUGACAAUUGAAGUUUGAUUCUGAGUGAAAUCAGUGUUCAGAAUGCAGAUUUGUCA